CUUCAAUGUCGCCCAACAAAUUUCAAAUUUUUCUUUUCUUCUUCUCUUUGCCUACUAAUAUGAAUCUUGUUUUCAUUUCGCAUUUCAAUAGUACUAGCAAAUUAUCAUUUUAUUUUUAUUAUUAAGCUUCUAAUUUACAUUUACGAAAUCUUAAUUAUGAUUUUCCCUUUAUUAGUUCAACCUCUUUCCUCUCCACUCUGUCUUCCUCUCUGUAAAGUCCCAAACUGAUCAAAACAGCGUAUCUGUGAAUUAUUCUUCAAGAAAAAGGAAAUUCCUGCCGUCUUUUUUAUCUCUUCUUUACAAUAAUAUUAAAUUCCACAUCUACCCUUUUAUUUUAUUUUAUUUGCAUGCAACUCCCCUCACAUAUGCAAGUUCGUCUGUUCUUUCUUCCUCUACCGUUGCCUGCGGUUAUUUCAAAUGCUACCUCCAUUUGUAGCUCCUGCAACUUGAUUCUUUUUUACAUUUUAAAUUAUUCAUCAGUUGACAUUUUUCAACUAUGUUUUUUUAAGCUCUUAUUUUGUCAAUUACCAACUUGUUUGUACAAGACUGUUCACAUUGACGCUCGAUCAAGUUGCUUUUAUUGUAUAGAUUUUCGUAAACCGAUCUGUCUAAAAAAAUAACAUAAUAUUAUUGGAAAAUAUCUCCUCAGUUUUAUACGAAUCUUUUGAGCAGGAUUUGGCUUCUCGACCAAUGAGGGAAGAAACCAAAAAUCUGCAGUCGUCAUGGCCAAAAGUGGUGGUUAGAAAAUGGUUGAACAUAAAGAGCGGUAGAGAUGAAUAUCAAUCAGAUUACAGAACAAACGUGUUGCAAAGAAGAAGGAAGAGUUGCUCCGAUGGUGGUCAUUACGUCGUCGUACCUGAAGAAUUAUCCGAAGAGUGGUUGAUGGAAAAGAAUGGCAAAAUUGAACGGUCUGGAUUCAAUCAGCUACCACCACCACCAAUUUCCAGUCCCAACCUCCGGAUGUUCGUGGGAACAUGGAAUGUAGGAGGCAAAUCACCAGACGAUGAACCCGACCUAAACGACUGGUUAAGAACUAAAGCACCUGCUGACAUUUAUGUGCUUGGGUUCCAGGAGAUUGUACCUCUGAAUGCAGGCAACGUGCUCGGACCGGAAGAUGGCGGGCCGGCGGCGAGGUGGCUAUCCUUAAUCCGGCUUGCUCUAAACCGGAACGACAACGCAGAGGAUCUUCAACAACGCCCAUUUUCCAAACCAAGAGUCAGCUUCUCGGAUUUGCUAUCACUACGAGAUGAUGAUAUUAAUGAUGAUUUGGAUGAAUCGAGGAGACAAAACAACUACUGCUUGGCAGCCAGCAAGCAGAUGGUCGGGAUCUUCCUCUGCGUGUGGGUCCGCCGCCACUUGCGCCACCAUAUUUCCAGUUUGGAGGUCUCCUGCGUGGGAAGAGGCAUCAUGGGAUACCUCGGAAAUAAGGGGUCGAUAUCUAUUAGCAUGGUAGUGCAGCAGUCGACGUUUUGCUUCGUGUGCAGUCACUUAGCUUCUGGGGAGAGAGACAGCGAUGCUGCCAGAAGAAAUUUGGACGUGAUGGAGAUCUUGAAGAGGACGCGAUUCUCUCCAAAUCAACCCCACACCAUUUUGGAUCACGACAAGAUAAUUUGGCUAGGGGACUUGAAUUAUCGACUGGCUUCAAGUUGUGGGGACACCUACGAGCUACUCAAAAUCAAUGAUUGGCAAGCCCUACUGCACAAGGAUGAGUUGAGAAUAGAACAAAAGGCUGGUAGAGUCUUCAAGGGAUGGGAAGAAGGCGAAAUCUAUUUUGCUCCAACCUACAAAUACAUUGCUAAUUCUGACCGUUACGUCGUACAAACCUCUGCUCCCAAAGACAAACGUCGUACUCCUGCAUGGUGUGACCGAAUCCUGUGGAGAGGAGAAGGGCUUGAGCAAAUGUGCUACAUGAGGGGCGAGUCAACCUUUUCAGACCACAGGCCUGUGUACUCACUCUUCUCGGUCCAACUCAAUUUACCAAAAUACCCCAACCCAAAUUCACCACAAAAUCCUGCUCUUUCAAAUCCCAUCUAGUGAAGAGUUGUAAGUGGGACCGCCCUGAGGUUCCCUAAACAGAGUUUCAUCGAUACGAGCUCGAGCUUAAUUUUCCGAGUCACAAGAUCACGCGCUAAAUAUGGAUGGACAUAUGCAUUUGUACAUAUGAAGGUGGUGACGUUGAUAUCUUUGCUUAUAUUAUUCGUACACUUAUA